UCUGGAAUGGGAACCCUACUGAUUUCUAAGAUUCGUGAAGAAUAUCCAGACAGAAUUAUGAACACUUUCAGUGUUAUGCCAUCUCCAAAAGUAUCUGAUACAGUUGUGGAACCCUACAAUGCUACUCUCUCUGUUCACCAGCUUGUGGAAAACACAGAUGAAACUUUCUGUAUUGACAAUGAAGCUCUGUAUGACAUUUGUUUCCGUACCCUAAAACUGACCACUCCAACUUACGGUGACCUAAACCAUCUCGUGUCUGUUACGAUGUCUGGAGUCACUACUUGCCUAAGAUUUCCUGGCCAACUGAAUGCUGACCUUAGAAAACUUGCUGUCAACAUGGUUCCUUUCCCUCGAUUACAUUUCUUUAUGCCAGGUUUUGCACCACUUACAUCCAGAGGGAGCCAGCAGUACAGAGCACUUACUGUACCCGAACUGACCCAACAGAUGUUUGAUGCCAAGAACAUGAUGACAGCUUGUGAUCCUCGCCAUGGCCGCUAUCUAACAGUUGCAACAAUCUUCCGUGGACGCAUGAGCAUGAAAGAGGUUGAUGAACAGAUGUUGAAUAUCCAGAACAAGAACAGUAGUUACUUUGUUGAAUGGAUCCCCAAUAACGUCAAGACAGCCGUAUGUGACAUUCCUCCACGAGGACUGAAGAUGAGUGCUACCUUCAUUGGAAACAGCACUGCUAUUCAGGAAAUCUUCAAGAGACUCUCUGAACAGUUUACUGCUAUGUUUCGACGAAAGGCUUUCUUACAUUGGUACACUGGAGAAGGAAUGGAUGAGAUGGAAUUUACUGAGGCAGAAUCCAACAUGAAUGAUCUGGUGUCUGAGUACCAGCAGUACCAGGAAGCCACUGCUGAGGAUGAGGGGGAAUUUGAUGAGGAGGAACCACUGGAAGAAACCUAAAUUCUGUUUCCUAAAAUUUUUUCCAAAGUCUUUAAUAAGCAUAAUGCUUGACAUCUUAGUUUGCUAAUAGUCUGUUUUAUUUUGUAUUUGUAUUGGACAUUUUAGUUUUCGUUAAUAAAGUAAAUGCUCAAAUUCCCAUCUUUCAGGAAAA